AUGUCGAUAAACGACGACGAGGUACAUUUGUUUCCUCUCGAUGGUUAUGACGCCUUUGAGUGUUCGUCAGACGAUGACGAUUCGAUUGAGGUUGUGUCGAACGUCGAUGAAGAAGAAAACAAUAUUAUUGAUAUGAUCAAAAACAUGCAAUUUGAUUCUGACGACGAAUCACAAAAUAAUGACAACAAUGAUGAUAUUGAUGGGUUACCAAAUGACAAAAACAAUUGUAUUUUUACACGUGAUGCUGUUGUUAAUAUUCGUUCUUCGUUCAGCUGUACCAAUGAUGCUGCUUUUGAUCGUGGUGUUAUUAAUAAUGGUACUAUUUCUUUAUUAGAUAAUGAUGAUUUGGAAUUUAGCUCAGACGAUGAAGCAUUUGAAUAUUAUCCACCAAAUGUAUCUAUUUUAUCUUCUUCAUCUCAUUCUUCGUUAAUAGCAACCAAUGAUUCUAUAUCCAGUGGUGGUACAGCUGGAAACUCGAAACGAAAACGUCGUCAAUGGUCAAUAGAAGAAAAACUUCGUGCUAUAAGUGCAUUUAAAUUAAAUCAAAGCAAAAAAAGACGACGAGUUGGUGGCGCAGGCAAGAAACUCGAAUACGUUGAACUUGACUUGUUGCUAUUAGCAUGGUACCGAAAACGUCGAACAAAAGUUGAUCCAAAUUGCAUUGUACCACCUGCAGAUACUCGGCGUGAAAAAAUCACGUUCAAACAACUCCAGCGACAAGGUACAAAAAUUAGUCUCCAAUUAAAGCAUGAUACACCGUCGUUUAAAUGGUUCUAUCGAUUUCUUACGCGUCAUCGUUUAUCAUUACAAAAACCAAAACGACAACAAAAGAUCUCUUUAUCAGAAGCAUGCGAACGUGUAUCAUCAUUUUAUUCUUACAUACGUCGUGCAAACAUAUGUAACAUGGAUGAAAGUCCACUUGCUUUAUUCGGUGAUCAAUCGAAACGAAGUAUUAAUGACAUUAAUACACCAAAUGAUAUUGAAGGAAAUUUGAGUGAUAAACGAUUUGCAACGUUAAUUUUAAUGGUGUUUGGUGAAGACAAUUCUCGAUUCGGACCUGUUCUUAUCUUUAAAGGUGUAAUCAACGGACCAGUGAUGAAUGAAUAUACAAAGCUUUGGUGGUCGAAAGUAAAAGAUGCUCAUCCAAAGCUAUUAAUAGUUGAUAGUGCUGAGUCCCAUCUCAAUGAAGAUAUAAUUAAUGAUUUACGAACAAAACGAGUAGUAGUUGCAGUUGUACCAUGUAUUUCCUCUCAGCCAAUCUUAAUGAAAUUUUCAGAGUAUACUCUGGUAACUGAUGCUCACUACCAAACAAAAAAAUCACUAGUUUAUCAUUAA